AUGUCUCUAGGUUGGUUUGAAUUUGUUGUAUUGGCCUACCUUUUUGUAGGUGGAUCAGAAGAGAAUAUAAGGGAACUAUUCUCCAAAGCAUAUAGAACUGCACCUUCGAUUAUAUUUAUCGAUGAGAUUGAUGCCAUUGGAUCAAAAAGGGAGAAUCAGCAAAAGGGUAUGGACAUGCGUAUGGUGACGCAGUUGUUGAAUUGUAUGGAUCCAAAGUAUAUGCGUCUAAAGCAGAAUGAGAGCAAAGUUUUCCCCGAUGAAUCGGGUUCUAAGAAUGGUCAUGUGAUUGUAGUUGGAGCUACCAACAGGCCUGACUCUCUUGAUCUAGCUUUGAGAAGGAGAUUUAACAAAGAGAUCUACAUUGGUGUGCCUGAUGCUAAAGCAAGGGAAGAGAUUUUCGCUUUGCUAACACGCGAUCUCUCAUUGGAGAGAAAUUUUGAUAGCGCAAAGAUUGUUCGUAUGACUUCUGGAUUUGUUGGAUCUGAUUUUGAAGAUUUGGACAUGGAGGCUGGCACGGUUGCAUUAAACAGAAUUAUAGAUUCAAGAGUAACAGAAGCUUGGACCGAUAUUGAUUCUUUGCCAAGGCAACAAUUGCCAGAGGAAGAGAGGAAAAAAAUCUACCGUACUAGCUUAGAUUUCGAGGAAGCGCUGAAAAAGGUUCAACCUUGUUUAACUAGAGAAGGAUUCUCUACUAGGCCUAAUGUAACGUGGGAUGAUGUUGGUGGUCUUGAUCAUAUAAAAGAGGAGUUCUAUUAUCAUGGAGUUGAAUCUUGUUUAGAGACCGGUUUUUUGCUCUAUGGACCACCAGGUUGUGGUAAGACGUUAGUUGCGCAAGCGGUUGCUAAUGAGGCAGGAGCUAACUUUAUCCACGUUGAGGGUCCUGACCUUCUAAGCAAAUAUGUUGGAGAGACCGAGAAGGCUAUUAGGGAGCUAUUCAGUCGUGCUAGGAUGUCCUCACCAUGCAUAGUCUUCUUUGAUGAGGUGGAUGCUUUAACAACAAAACGUGGAGAGCAAGGUGCUUGGGUUGUCGAACGACCUUUGAAUCAGUUACUCGUUGAAUUGAGUGGCGGCAAACAACGAGAUGGUGUCAUAGUGAUUGCUGCUACAAACAGUGAAGCUGCCGCGAACCUCGCACGUGCCAAAAACACGCACAAAGAAACGCCAAGUUACCACGAUUAUUAA